AUGGGCAAAUCCAUCCUCCUAAUCAAUGGCCCAAACCUGAACCUCCUGGGUACACGCGAGCCACACGUCUACGGACACACAACACUCUCCGACGUAGAAUCAAACAGUCGCGAGGUCGCCGCUAGCCAUGGUGCCGUUCUCGAAUCUUUCCAGUCGAACCACGAAGGCGCAAUUGUGGACCGCAUCCAGGCGGCGCGUGGCAAAGUCGACGGUAUCAUUAUCAACCCGGGCGCGUACACGCAUACCUCCGUCGCAAUCCGGGAUGCCUUGCUCAGUAUCGAUACCCCAUUUAUUGAGCUCCAUGUGAGCAAUGUCCAUGCGCGCGAGCCCUGGAGACAUCACUCGUACUUCAGUGAUAAGGCUGCGGGUAUUAUUGUUGGUCUUGGAGUUUAUGGGUAUAAGGUUGCUAUUGAGCAUGUUUGUAUUAAUUUUGAGGAGAAGAAGGCUAAGGCUGCGCUGUGA